UGCUCCGCGCGGCACACACGGAAGGGGCUUCUUCAAUCUGACAAUCCGGGCGUUUGUGGUCGCGUCUCGCCAGUUGGCGAUUACUACACAGAAUGAAAGGAGUGCGAGGGCCUGGGGAGAGCCGAGACACAGCCAUGGCCGUGGAGCAGGACAUAUUUGACGCCGUCGUGAUGGCGGAUGAGAGAUUCCAUGGGGAGGGAUAUCAGGAAGGCUAUGAAGAAGGCAGUAGCUUGGGGAUCGUUGAAGGGAAGCAGUAUGGCAUGGUACAUGGAGCCAAAAUUGGAUCCGAGAUUGGAUGCUACCGGGGAUUUGCUCUUGCAUGGAAGUGUCUCCUACACAGUGGCGCUGGUGAGAAAGACAGCAGGAAGAUGAAGGUGGUGGAGGCUCUGAUCACGCUGCUGCAGGACUUUCCCUACGAUGAUCCCACUUAUGAGAAGCUCCAUGAAGACCUGGACAGAAUCAGAGGGAAGUUCAGGCAGCUCUGCUCACUGCUCAACGUGCAGCCGGACUUCAAGGUGACUCCGGGAGGCUCUGGACUUGCGUUUUGAGGACCCACAGAAGAACAGAUGUCUGCACAUUAAGCGUCACAGUGAUUAAAGGCAAGCCUGAGAGGAAUCCAUUGUUCUGUGGGAGGACCAGCUUGGCCUCUUCCCUGAGUCUCUGCCUAGGUGGCUUGCCUGACCACCCUGCCCUCUGCACAGGGGCAACACACUCAAGAGACCGCUUGUCACUGGCCAGAGUGAGUGGCCCUGGGUAGGGUUACCCUGAGGGUGGGACUCACAGAGGCAGGCCGAUGUGAAAUGGGUCAUGGGAAGCCGGGACAGGGUCUUUGCUGCCUGCUGAGCCUCUGCUGGCCAUACUUGGGCCUCCUUGUUUCACUCCAUCCCUCUGGCAGCCCCAGAGGUGGAUGCCUUCUGGCUUAGAGGUGAUGAAAUAGCCCCAUCUAGUCUAAGGGCCUGGUGGCAGAGCUGGCCCCCACCCCGGGUCCUUGCCCUGAAGUACCACGUGGUGCCUCUGCCUCCAGCAUGUGCUGUCACUGCCACCACCACUAGAGGACCUGACUCCUGCUGUCUGCACAGGGCUCGGGCUCCGCUGGACCUGACUCCUGCUGUCUGCACAGGACUCGGGCUCCGCUGGACCUGACUCCUGCUGU